UCCUCCCCACCGACAGAGCCAUGAAAUAAAGUUAGCUCUCCCGAAAGGAAAUCAGACCUUGCUGCUGUUGCAAACACUUUUCUCUGCCUUUUGCAGAAGACAACGAACGAGGUCGGGUGGACGUAAAGGGGAAACAGACUCCCACUACUUUCUGCGUGAUUUGUGUUGUUGCAUAGAACUGGCAUGGUUAUCUCUGUGAAGACUUGCGGGGUGUUUGACAGGGAGUUUCAAGGCAAGGCUGAGCUGCGGGAGGGCGGGGCGCGGGCACGGGUGCGCGCCCCCGCCGGGCGUCUGACGUCACGGGCUGCUGGCCGUGUCAUGGCGGCUGCCUGUCAGCGGCUGGAAGCCUCUUCCAUGUAAACAGCUCGACGCUCCCUCCUCUCCUCUCCUCUCCUCUCCCUCCCUCUUCCCUCCCUCUCCCCCCACCCUCCUGCCUCCAAACACAUGGAAAGUCAUGCCGGUGCCGAGCGGGGUGGCGUGGCCGGGGACUUAGCCGGAGCGGGGCCCACCGUUGCGAGGGGCGACGGCGAGCGGCUGAAGGGUCCGGACGGCCCGGGGGCGGCUUCGGGCCCCGCUGCUCCGUGUCCGUGCCGGCGGCGGGAUGAGGAUGUGGGAGAGGCGGAGGCGGAGGGCGCGCCCGGCGGGGAAGGAACAGUCCGGGACGGCCCUCUGCAAAACUUGGUAAACAAGAUGGGCGAAGUGAGGGAGGAGGCUGCCGCCGGGCCGAGAGAGGACGCUCCGCCCGGCCUCGCUCAGCACCACACGGAUCACCAGCCGCAGGACGAGUGCAGCCCGAGGAGAACCCCCGAGGGUGACCACAACCACAGCGCCAGUGACCAAAGCUUGCCUGGCGAAUCGCGAAGCAUUGACUCCCUCGAGUCCUUCUCCAAUUUGAACUCUUGUCCGAGCUCUGACCUGAACAGUGAGGGGACGGAAGACCGAGCCCUGGCUCUCGCUCUGCAGAGUGAAGAGUACAACAACAAGGACGGUCUUGCCAAACCGUCCGGUUCAAAGGAGAGAUUUCCCGGACAGUCAGUUUAUCAUAUUAAGUGGAUCAAAUGGAAAACAGAAAACACGCCCAUUAUUACACAGAAUGAAAAUGGCCCUUGUCCUCUGCUUGCAAUCAUGAACGUGCUUCUUUUGGCAUGGAAGAUUAAACUACCACCCAUGAUCGAAAUUAUAACAGCAGAGCAGUUAAUGGAGUAUUUGGAAUGUACUGGGGGCAGCCCGCAAGUGAUGCCGCUCUUCCAGCACCAACAUAGCAUGCCCACAACUCCUAACCUGUACGUCUGUGGAACGUGGGAGGAAACCGGAGCACCCGGAGGAAACCCAUGCAGACACACUGGGAUAACGUACAAACUCCUUACAGACAGCGGUGAUUAUAUUCUUGACGCAAAGCCAAAAGAGAUCACAGAUGCUCAGAGACUGAACUAUGAGCAGAACAUGAGUGAUGCAAUGGCCAUAUUACACAAGCUGCAGACGGGAUUGGAUGUAAAUGUAAAGUUUACUGGUGUAAGAGUAUUUGAAUAUACACCUGAGUGCAUUGUAUUUGACCUCCUUGAUAUUGCACUUUACCAUGGAUGGUUGGUGGACCCUCAGAAUGCUGAUCUAGCGAAAGCAGUGGGAAUGUGCAGUUAUAACCAGCUGGUGGAGAAGAUUAUCUUCUGUAAGCAGUCAGAGAACAGUGAACUAGUCAGUGAAGGUUAUGUUGCAGAACAGUUUUUGAACAACUCGGCAACUCAGUUGACAUACCAUGGGUUAUGUGAACUGAUUUCUACGGUUGAAGAAGGAGAAUUGUGUGUGUUCUUCAGAAAUAACCAUUUUAGCACUAUGACAAAAUGCAAGGGCCAACUUUACCUACUGGUGACGGACCAGGGCUUCCUUACAGAAGAGAAAGUGGUCUGGGAAAGUUUGCACAAUGUGGACGGAGAUGGGAAUUUCUGUGAUUCCGAUUUUCAUCUGAGACCUCCAUCUGACCCAGAAACUGUGUACAAAGGACAGCAGGAUCAAAUAGAUCAGGACUAUCUGAUGGCCUUGUCCUUACAGCAGGAACAGCAAAGCCAGGAUUUAACCUGGGAGCAGAUACCUGAAGGAAUUAGUGAUCUGGAGCUGGCAAAAAAACUGCAGGAAGAAGAAGACCGACGAGCAUCCCAGUACUAUCAUGAACAGGAGCAAGCCGCUGCAGCACAGAGCCAGGAAGGACAGCAAUCACAGGCAGCAGUAGCAGCUGCUGGGAAACAGCCAGGAGGCACCGAACGGAAACAGCGCAAGGAAGCGAAGGAAAAAGACAAGUGUAUUCUCUUGUGAUGGAGAUGGAAUUUUACCAGAAACUAAAUGCGUAACCCUUUUAAAAGAAUCCAGUGAUAUGCCGUCUGUGCCUGAUCCUUAAUUGUUUGUAUUUUGAGAAGUGAAAGGAUGACUUCUUUAAUACAGUCGGCCAAACUCUCUCUGUUGCACAAUGCACUAUAUUCACAAUGGAGUUUCUACGGUAUUGGUUGAUGCAGUUACAUUUCAUUUGACAUAAAUCAUUGUUUAAAACGUGGAAAGCACCUUUACAUGUAACAGUAAAAUUGCCAUGCCUCUUCUCAAUAUUGUGCAUUAAUUAAUGCAAUCAGCUAAUAAGCUAUUCUGGAUAAUACUGCCUCAGUUUUGUUAUAGAACAAUGAUUGGCAGUUUCAUGGUUUCCUUAGUUUUCAUUCUCUGCUUACAAUAAGAGAAAAUAGAAUAUUUUUAGCUUUCCUUGACUGCUCCUAGAAUUGAACUCUUAGGGAGAUAAAGGCAAAACACUUAAAAGGUCAUUCACUUUGGGGAUUGUUUAAGAUGCUAACACAAAUUCUGCUGGUGUACAAACGUAGAACUGGACAAUCUUUUCUAAAGAUGAAGAGUCAUUUUUUUUGUACGAGCCAUAAUAAGGGAUGCAAGGAGAGGGGUAAAUAUUUGUCAGUAGUGGUCUGUCUUGCUUCAAGUUUUCUUUAACUGAAUAUGCUGCAUUUUGCAUGGUUUUAAAAUUGUUCCAACAAGAGUCACUCUGGGGAAGUGUGUAACAGAUAUUUGAUUAUGUAAAAUAUCAGAAGUUUUUGUUUUAAAAAGAAGAGCAAGUGAGUAAGCUUAGUAUUUUGACCAAAUAUACUUUCUGGCAAAUAAGAAAAUAGUUUCAGGUUGGCUAAGAGAUGAUAAAGUUCUUGCUUGAAUAAGGAUGUUGCAAACCCUUCUCCAAGGGUUGGAUCUCUUUGAUCGGUCAGUGAAAAGCAGAACUGCCGUCAGCUUUACAGUGACUGAAGUUUUGGUUCUGAAUUCCUCAGUGAUGAAUAAUUUACCCAGUCAUUGUGAUCUUUCAUCUUUACUAAUACCUUCAAGUUUAUUUGGUCAAGUAUUAUCCAUGCCGUAGACAGUAGCAAAGUUAUUUUUCUCAAGGGGACCAAUAUUCAGAAAUGGGGAAUUUUAAAACAUUAAGGAAGAAACAACAUAACUUUGAUACUGUCACAUGUGGAUUUUGUACGUUUAAACAGUUAUUUUUCCUUUGGUAUGAUGGUAAGAUGUUCCACAUAUAUUGUUCACUGGGCACUGUUGCUGGAACGCAAGUAAAUACCAAAUUGUUGAUGUUGAAGGAAAAUUGUCUUGAAGGAUCAUUUUAUACUGUUUCAGAUUAGUAUUAUCACUCUAAUAAUGUAGCUGUUUUGUAGAUUUUAGUACAUUGACCAGUUUAUUUAUUUGAAUACCUCUAAUAAGGCACCCUCAGUUAGAGUGCUUGAAGCAGCUAUGUAACCAGAUCAACAACCUGUCAGUGACUGAGAGGGAUGAAAAUGAAGCAUUUAACCUGUUUACUAAGUCAUAAAUAUUUAUUCAUUGAGAAACAAUUUGUUAAAUUAUUUUGAGAUGGGCAGCCCAGAGAAUCUUUUUUGUUUGAGUUUUGAAAGAAUCACGUUGCACUUAGAAAUUUCCUUUUAUCAAAAAUUCUUUACCAGGAACAGAUAUGAUGAAGAUUAUUGAGGGAGAUUGCAUUGAACUGCCCAGAUGUAUUGUGAAUUUGCUCACAUUUAUAGUGCAUGACAAUUCUAGUAGUACAUAUGGUAAAUGUUCACACAAAUGCUUAUGUAAAGUUGUAUUUUCCUCUUCAAAAUAUGUUGAUAUUAAAAGCACCAGGAUUUCAAAUAUGUAUGGAUCUAAUUAUUUGCAAUCCUGUACGAGCAAUUAUUUGUGUUUUCUUUAAAUUGUGAAUAUAUUUAGACCAGACUGAUGCAGGGGGUGCAUUGUGAUAGAAUUGGUCACCAAUAAUAGCCCUUUCGAGUCCAUUUUAUGACAGGGGAGUUGCAUUGAAAGUUAUUAUCAGUGCAGGGCUACAUUGGCCUUUCAGUUGGGGGCUGGGCAUAGUCUUGAGUCACAAGUGUAGGCCUGUUUGUGGUACCUUGACUGGUAAACAUCCCAGAGUGUGCAACUAUUUUAAUAUGCUAAAUGUUUCACAAGGAUUGAUCAAAAUGAUGCUGAAAGUCUCGAGGACUGAUUAUGCUUUAAAUCUCACCUUGUUUUGCACAGUUGUCUGCCACAAGGAUGGGUGUAAUUGAACUAUUCUGCAAAGGGAAUUUUGCAGAUUUUCUGAAUGUUGGUUCUGAAUGCUUUACUGAAAUUCGGUGCAUGUGAGAGCUCAUUGAAGAUUUCAUUGCUCAAUUAAAAACUAUGUGUUGCUAUUUCAUCAUUCACGAUGGAAUAUUGGCCAGACAUUUUAAUCAUGUCAACUUCUCUCUUGGAGACUUAAUCUCUUACAACACCAGCGGGUAUUGGGUUUUGUCAUUUGUUUAUUACAACAGGAUGCACAAUAUAGUUCAAGCCGUUGUACCUGUGUAUUUCACCAUAAUUAACAACAGAAGAGGAAAGUAUUGACCAGAACCUGUUACUUACAAGAACUUUUGUUGCACCUUUAAAUUUUGUUGCUGUGCUUAUUUUGAGACUUAUUUACCAAAAUACUUGUGAAUUAUAUUUAAUAUACAUGAUGGAAAAGAUGUAUGAUUUGCUGUCUGUAACUUUUGAUGUCUUCUAAAUUGCAGCUACUUUUCCACUUAAUAUUGUAUACCUGUACUGUUACAAGUCCUGCAUUUGUGAGUGUCUGCCCCAUGGUUGAUGCUGAUUACAAGACAUUCUGUUCUCUUCUAUAUUUGACCAAACAUGUAUGUAGCAUACUGCCUUGAUGUGUGUUAUGUACUUGUUAGUGUGGAUCACAUGAAUUUCAACAGUCUCCUCCCCUUCCUUCCUACAGCAGCACAAAAAUAUUUUAUUUGGCACUUGGCACUCUAACUUUUUUUUAAUGACUUUGUAUUGAAUGUAGACAACUCUCUUCAGUUUGUACUUCUGGCAUUAAAUGACUGUAACUGACAAAAUAGUUAAUUUUUUACUGUAUUCAUUUUGUGCAGUUUGGGACAAAUGGGAGGAGACAGUGGUAUAUUGUGCCAUGGUUUUAAAGAUUCCAUAUUUACAGUAAUAGAUUUGAGGCAUUUAUGUAUUUUCAUUCAUGAUUUUUGUUUUGAAAUCGACUAGGAAUUGAGUAAAGUUUUAUUCUAGGUUUAUGAAAUCUUAAAAUAGGAUAAAAAGGCAUCACAUGUAAUGUGGAAAAUGUAAAGGGGGGGAAAUAAUCUGUAGAAAACUGAACCAAAGUGUUGAAAAUGAGGGAAUAGUUGUGGGGAAAUUGUGGAAGAUGGUGUACACGAGGUGGAACAUCAGUACUAUGAGCUUAAUCAAAAUGAUAAGAAAAACACUGCCCACACUAUGUCAGAAUUACUGAUGUUUACACCAGAAAACUGACAUGUACAUUUAUUCACUGACGUGUCUCGUUACGCAGCUUUUUUUCUGUGUAUUUGGCAUAGAACAAGCAUGGGUUACUGAAUGGUAUCAGAUAGUCUCGUAUAAAACUUUGCAAGGAAUUUUAGGAAAAGGUAUACUGUGACCAAAUCAGCUCUACCAGCUGAACUGUACACCCAUUAGUGCCUAGAUAACCAUCAAAAAGAGUGAACUGUGGCUUUAUUUGCGGUUUUACAAGUGAAACAUUGAGAAUCAUGUUACAUUGGAGCAUAACAUUUUGGGUGACUGUCUUUAAUUUAUUUGAUAUCAAUUAGUGCAAAAACUUCAGUUGCAGAAUGAUGUUGAAAUUGGUAAUACUCCAGACUAAAAUAAAAAAAAUCAU